UCGAUAACCUUUGUCUCUUUUUUUGGGGAAUAUCUCUAGCAGUCUAAGAUGGAGAUCGAACUGGAGACGGAAACCGGCCGUCAAAGUUCGAAACGGAGAAGGAGUUGUGUUAUAGAUGGAUUGAACUCAAUGUCUAGAUUCUGCACUGGAUUUUCUGCGUUUGAGAUUGGAUUUCCUGCUACGGGUUCGGAGCGAUUCUUCGAGCAAUUGGCGCGUACUUCCAUAACUUGUCUCUACAACCAAAGUCUCAGAAAGAUAAGCUCGUUUGCACAGCAUCUAAAGGCAUCGUUGUGUCUCUACCGCCAAGCCUUGCUGCCAUCUUUCAGAAGUAAGCACCACAAAGAAAUAGUGGCCUACAGUUCUGCUUUCCUGGCUUUGUAUGGCUUGUUUUCUUGGAAGUGGUGGUGCAAGGCUUCUGCUAUGGUGGAAGAAGGAACAUGAGGCAGAAUGGGAAGCUUUUUUGUGUGAUGGGUUUUGCUGAGGAAUGAAUGCGGCGUCUUGUAUAGGUUUUUAGCAUUGGAACUCGACCGUUCAUGAACGACCCUAUGUUCCAAUGCUGGAAACUGCAGCAGUCAAGUGUGUUAAGACUUCGGCUGUUCAUGAACGACCAUAUAUGUCUUAACGCAGGAGUAGAUCACCAUGAAGGUCCAUGUAUUUCUCGGUGGCUUGAGAGAGCUUCAACAAAAGAAGGAAGGUUGUUCAUGAACAACAUAUCUUUUGUUGACAACAAGCUUUCUGGACGAUAUAUUUCCCUGCCAAAGAAGACGAGAAUAGUGUGGGUGUGUUAUAUACCUGAGCUUCGUCUUUGGAGCUUGAAUUGUUGAUGGACCUGCUUCGGUUUUGGCAGAGCUUUAGCCUUUGCUUGCUGAUUUCUUUUCUCUAUUCUCUCUGUGUAUUUCUCUUCAGCGUGGCCACUUUUAUAUAAUAGUGGUUGGAGAGCUGAUGCCUUGUAUUUGAAUUUGGAUAACAACU